AUGUCAACAUCAAGUCAUCAAAAAAAUGUCAAAUGGUUUUAAUACUUGUUCAAUUAAAAAUAAAUUACGGUCCCUAUGGAAUGGUAAAUACAAAUAUAGCCUAAAAUGUUCACUUUCAAUCGAUCAGAGUUCCAACAGUUUUGACUAACAAAUGAGCAAAUACAAUGAUUGAAUUUAAUACUGUAUUUUUUUGUGUAUUUUCCAUCCUACUGUAUUCUUUAAAAUGGUUGUUACCCAAAGCCAUCAGUUUAUAUCUCAAAUACAAAUACCAUUUGAACGUAAAAAUUGGCACGGCUGGUAUAUUCUCAUUACAAGAUAUAAUUUUCUUAAAAAACGGUUAUUCAGUGCACAUUGAUAAUAUUGGUUUUCGGAGUAGCUUUAUUAGCAGCGAAGUCAAUAAAUUGGUAUGUCUUGUAGCUCGCGAUGUGAGAAUUGAAAAAAACAUAGAACGAAAUGAUUCCAUUAUUAUAAAGCAAAACCAAAGCAAUAAUAAAAUUGAAGAUAUAUUGCCAAUUGUUAUGAAAUUUGCACAAUUUUUAGCUGUUCGAAUAAGUCGUAUAUCAAUAGUGUCAUUACAACCAAAUACUCCUGAAUGGCUCUUUAUAGUAUCUGUUAUAGAUCUUCAUUUAGAUGCAUCUGUCAUAGGAUCAUCGAGGCAAUUAUUAGCUAAUGUUAAUGCUCCAUAUGCAGAAGCAAAAUUACUUCGUCAUCCUAUGAAUCCAAAUUCAUGUUGUUUAGCAAAGAUUACUGUUAAUGUAUGUGCUGAGAGCAUAUUAGACACACAUGAACCUUUAUCAAUUCAGUCACUAAUGUUGAAACUUGACAAAUCAAAAAUUGUACUAAAUAAAGGGUUGUAUAGUUUUAUUCAAAAUAAUAGAGCUAGUUCUACACUGUCUAAAAAUGAUAAUGUUCAAAGUAGUUUGGAUAUGGCUGCAAAAGACAUUUCCAUACCACCAUUGGUGCCUAAGAAAAUAAAAAUACAUCUCGAAGAGCUAACAAUUGUUGAUGUAAAAGAUAAUUUAGUUACAGAAAUGAAAGGAGAAUUGAAAUUAUUGACUAUAGAAAAUCUUAUCAUUCCCGAUGACAAUAAUGAUUCAAUAAAACAAAGUAAUCUUUCAUUAAAAGUAAAUUUUGAAAGUUUGUGCUUGAUUGGUCAUGAAGAAACCUACGUGUCAUUAGAAAAGUUUUCGUUUGAAGCUAAGUACUUUAAGAAAUCAUUUAAAUUUGAUCUAAAGAUAAAUAAUGUGUACACUUUAUAUUCACAUGAUGAUAUUUACCAAUGGUACACUUCUUAUACUGAUCAAAUGUUGAAUCCACAUCAGUUAAAGUCAACUUCACCUUCACCAGCAAAUAAAUUGUUAAUAUCACAAAACAGUCCAAUGGAUGACAUUAGUAUAGAUUUAUUGGUCCAGUUUUUAAAUGUGACUACAAUAUGUAGACUUGGCUCAGAAUGUGCAUCUGUUAGUUUAAAUAAGUUUAAACUAAUGUUAUCUUGUAAUCCAGUUCUAAGAAAUGAAAAUCACAGUAAAGUGUUUGCGAAUUGGCCUAUUGGGCUAUGUCACAGAAAAUGGACUAGUGACUUGAUGUUAGAAACUGUGCGUUGUUGGCUAAAACCAUUUACAAAUACUGAAUACAGUCCGGGUAUGAAAAAAUGUCAUUCUUGGGGUACACCCUUGUUUAUUGGCCUAGUUUUGGUACAGAUUAAAAAUUCUAUUCCAUCAAAUGCACCUAGACUCAAUGUUUUACUUGAUACUGUACGCUUAGAAUGGAGUCCACCACUCGCUCAGUUCAUUUUGAGGGCACAUAAUUCUUUACAGCAAAUUGUUUCCGCUUUAGAAAUAAAUUUGAAAUCUAAAAGUAAUGACUCUUCGAUAGAAGAUCAAAAAUUGUCUAUAUCUAAGACAAUUCCAGCUAGUAUUUCUGUAACAAAUGCAAAUAUUUUUCUUAUAGCAGAUAAAAAAAUUUGUGUUUUGGUACGUGUGGAUACUAUUUCUGCAGACAUUGGAACUUCAAGAAUAAUUUGUGCAAUUGAAGGUCUUAAAUGUGAUUCAUUAGUACCAACUAAAUAUCAUUAUGUGUGUACAUCUUCCGACGAUAUUAAGAGCUGGUGGCUUCACAUAAAGUCAUUAAAAUUGGAAAAAAUACUGGAAACUAAAGAAAUAUUAAUUGAAAUUAAUGAAAUAUUUGAAUGUCGGUGGAGUGCAAAUGUUCACCUUAAACUAUUAACUAUAUUUACAGACAUAUCUGAUAUGAAAAAUCAUUUGGGCAUUAGUUCUAUUGAAGAUCCAAACAAAUCAACAUUUGUUGACAUUAAAUUAUGUGUCAAAUCAAAAUUCAAAUUUUCAAUGAAAGUUUCUUCCUCUCAUUAUUUAUUAUUUUCAACUGAUAAUUUGAUGUAUAUUAAACAAAAUGGCAAGGUGCGUCAUCUUGAAAGCAAAAGUUUCAAAGUUGCCGUUGAUCAGUUUAGUAUAUUUGCUAUAAAAGGUUUUAAAAUGUUGAAAACAAAUUUUAAUAAAGAAGUUCAAGCUGAGAGACAAAAUUCUGAAGGGUUAAUAACUGAAGCAAAUAGUAUUUGGGAUGUGACUAUUGAAAACUUUAAAAUGGUAUUUCCCUAUGGAUUUGAGUUUUACAGUAUUUUUCAAGGUGAAUUCAUUAGUAUUUUUAAAUGGUUAAAAUUAAUUCAUAAAAAACCAAAACUCCAACCUGAACCUCUUCCAAGUGAUAUAGCCUUAAAGGUUCAAGAGUUCAUUUUUGAAUUGAGUGAUGAUGAUUUUGAAGUGAAGCUCAGAGAUAACUACGAACUACUUGAAGAUGAAUACAAGGAAAGUUUAAAACGCCAGAAAAUGCUUGAAACUAAAGUGUCUGAAGUGGUCAAAGAUCGUUUACUUUUACCAGCAGGCAAAGUUGAAGAGUUGUUAACUAGCUUGCAAAAAAUGAACGCUCAAAUUUAUAUACAACGUUCUAAGCAAAUGAAACAACAAUCACCUGUAAGAACUCGUUUAUUUUCGUGGACUAUGUGUGAUCUUUGUAUUAUUAUUUUGGCUGAUGAGUCCAUGCAUACACCUCAAAAAGUUGUCAAUCAUAUAUGUGAAAUGGAUGCAGAUAGCCUGUGGCCUGAGGAAGGCUUGGAAUUUUGUAUUCUUUGGUGUCGAAUGAUUUUUGCAAGUUGUGCAGAAUGGAAAUUUCAACUUAGAGAUUUCCCACAAACAUGGCUUGAUAUUAGAAAAUUUCAACUUUGGGGAAAAUUAGCUGGUGCUGAACAAGAACCUACAGCCCGAGCUAAAAGAAGUGUAACCAUUGAAUUAAGUGAUCCUUUUGGCGAUGUGACAAUCGAAAGAGGAAUGACUUCAUUGAAAUAUUAUUAUGACUUAAAUUGUGAAGUUGAUAAAUAUACAUAUUCAUUUGGUCCAUGUUGGGAACCUGUCAUUGCACAGUGCAAACUAUGUUUAGAAAAAGUAUUGGGUUCUAGUAGAGAUCCAAGUCCGCCAUUACCAUUUUGGGAUAAAAUCAGGUUGAUAUAUCAUGGUCGCUUAACAAUGAUUGUCAAUGAAUUGAAAGUGAAAUUGCAUGCAUCUCUUGAUCCAUACAACACAACUGAAGAAAUGGAAUUAAAUUGGUAUAAUACUGCUAUGGAUUGGACCAAUGCCAAGUUUAUUUUCAAAGGUCAUUUAAAAGUUCUUGUGAGAACAGCUUCUAAGUAUGACGAUGUAUGUUUAUUAAAUCUUCCAAAUUUAAAAUUAAGCAUCAAGUUAAAAUGGUCUUGUCUGGGUGAUCCUAAUGACCAUUAUUCAGUUAUGCCCUGUGCUCCAGAUAAAUUACCAGAAUAUUCUAGCAAUCAAGAACAUGACUCUUUUAGAGCAUUCCGUUCACAAAAUCUCAACGUUAGCCUUUCUAUUGAAACCAAACCAGAGCCGAACACUGGGUCUCCACAUACAGAUACAGAUUAUCCUGUUGCACUCUUGUAUGGCAGUACAUUAAAGUGGUUUGAAAACUUGAAAUUGAUAUUGUCUGGUGUAACAAGGCCUACCAGACGCGGUCCGUUAUUUAAUAAUAAUAGACACAAAAAAUUAACUUUAAGUCGUCAUUAUAGAAAAGUUCAUUUGUGCGUAUCUUUGCAACAUUUUCAAGUACACUAUUGGAUGUCAUUUGCUUUACAACGAGGAUUUGAGUUAUUUGGCCAGCGAAUAUCUACUAGUUCAGAACAUACCCUUAACUUAGCAUCAAACUUUGAAGAUGACUUGAAACACCGUUCACGACCGGUUUGGUCCGUUGGUUAUAUGAAUUGUGAAUUAAUGGAUACAGAAAUAUGGUUAAAAAGUGCCCUGCAAUCAGAAGAAGAAGAAGAAGAAGCCGAAAUUAAAGAAAAACCUGUUGAAAAAUGUUAUUUAUUAAGUGUAAGCAAAGUUUCAUAUGGGAGAGAAACUACAGGUACUUGUGAAGCUGAUGGUAGUCCAACGCCAAUUCAUAGAUUAGUUGUGUAUCAUUUAAAAGGAGCUUGGACAACAAGAAAUAGAGAUGUAGCUUUUGCAUUAUUCAACUCUUUAGUAAAGAAUCAGAAAUUAAAAAAAAAUCUAUCUACAGAAGCAUUGAAAGGGUUUUGUUUGAAUGACAGUGGAUGUACACCAAUGAAGAAUCGUACAAGAAAUGCAGAUUCUACAGAGCAGACUACACCAUUAUCAUCAGUUACAUCUGUUGCAUCAACCACUUGUCAAGCUAGUCCAUCUCCAAUGUCAAAACUACAAUGUGGAGGUCAAGCAGCUACCAUGCUUCAGCAGCUUAUAUCUGAAGUAGACAAUAAACCUGUUGUUUUCAGUGAUGACCUAUCAAUGCAAGUAACUAGGGAACGGAGAUUACAAGGAUUAUCUGGAUGCCAGCAAGACGAUGUUCUUUAUAAGAAUUGGUUGAUUGCUUUAAUAAACAGCCAAGUGUUGCUUAAAGGAUGUGAAACUAAAGGAUAUGUAAUAGUGAGCGCAGCUAAAGCUGAAAUAUUACAAAGAAUUCAUUGUCCAGUAUGGAAGGACCAUUCAUUAGUAUCUAAAACAACUUGGGUUGGCACUUUAGAUAGUAUGCAGUAUUAUGCUACAGUUAGUGCUGGAAAAACUGAUUUUAUUGAUGAAAAUAUAAUGUGGUUAAAUGUUGAGAAUAUACAAGAAAAAGAUAUAGACAGUACUAUCAUAUCUGACCUUCCUGACUUACCGCAUCUUGUUGGAAGUGGACACAGCGUUGGAGGUGUAGUCAGCGAAACUGUUGGGGCAAGUAAUGUCGGAGAAAAUUCUCCAUUACAGCUUCAAAGAAUUGUUUCACGAUGUAAAUGUGAAUUUUUUUAUGCGGGUCAUGGUGAGAGUAGUUUAAAUCCAACACAUUUAACUGAAGUACCGCCACCACCAACAGCUACACCUGAUGUUGUUGGUGAUCCAGAUUUACAUGAACCAGUGGAUGCAUUUACUCUUAUGCAUCAUGAUUUAGAUGUUUGCACCAAUUCUCUUCAGUAUGCUAUGAUCUUGGAUAUUGUGAAUAACUUAUUAUUAUAUGUGGAACCACGUAGAAAAGAAGCUUAUGAACGUUUGCAAAGAAUGCGUUUUCAACUGCAACUUCAAAGUAGUCAAGACCACAGACAACCCAUUCAACAGUUACAAAACCAUGUUCGGUGUCUGGUUGCUAAACUACGUAGAUUAGAAAAAGAAAUAUUUUUAUUAAAAAAAGAAGAAGAUUGGCAAAACGAAGAAUUGUUAUCUUCAGAAAUUAGAAGUUUAGAAAAACAAAUGAAUGAAUUAAAAGAUCAAUUAAACUCUGAAAGCGAAGAAUUAGAUAUGAUGGUGUCUUGUUAUAAAGAAACACAACUUAGAGCAACUCAAAAAUUAGCUACAUUACGAGGUGAUAAACCAAGCGUUGUACCUUCAAGAGCCAACGAAAUAUGCUUCAAACAUGCUCAAUGGAGAUUAACAGAAAAUGAUGGCCAACUGGGAAUUGCCGACUUAGUACUUAGUAAUUUUUUAUAUACAAAAAAUUCUAAAAGUGACGAUUCAGUUGAGCAUUUAUUAGAAUUAGGAUACAUUAGAAUGACAAAUCUCCUAGCUAAUGAACUGUACAAAGAAGUCAUUGUGCCUACAGAAAUUCAAAACAAUAUGCCAGUUGAUGAUCGAAAGAGAGCAGUAAGAAUAUUUUGUAGGGAAAAAGCUCCAGUUGGAGGUAUAUCAGUCAAAGAACAUUUUGAAAUAAAUGUGGUACCAUUGACAAUUGGUAUGACCAAAAAAUUUUAUAGCACUAUGAUGAGAUUUUGUUUUUCUGAAAGAGAUCCUGAAAAUAUAGAUGCUGAAACAGACGAAAAAAAUUCAUCUAAAGGGAAAAAGAACAAAGAAAGUAAUUUUUAUGUUCCAAUAGAACAUAAAGAUGAUGUUGAAAAAAUGAAGGAAAGAGCUGAAAAGAACAAACUGUUCAUUUACAUUAAAAUACCAGAAGUGCCGGUAAAAGUUAGUUAUAAAGGUAACAAAGAAAAAAAUUUGGAAGACAUAAGAGAUUUUAGUUUAGUAAUUCCCACAAUUGAAUACCAUAAUGUUACAUGGACGUGGUUAGAUCUUUGUCAAGCUAUGAAAACCGAUAGUAGACGAGUAAUUCUAUCCCAGGCUAUUAAACACAAGUUGCAAAUAAAAACUAACAAAGCAAUAGCAGAUGGUGGGGCAUCACCACAAGAAGAAGACAAAGCUCGAAUGCUGUUUGGCAGUAAAUUAGUGCGCAAUGAACAUCGAAAUUCAAAACGUGGUAUACUAAAAUUUCCUAAAUAGAAGUAUAUAUAUUUAUUUUAUAUUUUGUAUGAACUCUGUGAUAUUGAAUUUUGUUACCUAAAAAUGUAUUUGUUUAAGGAACAUUUAUAAUAUAUUUAUUUUAUAACACAAGUACUUAAAUAUAUUACUCUAGCUCUGAAGUUAUUGCAUGUUUUUUAGAAGCGAGCUAAAAAAACUUUUUUAAAUAUAUUCAACGAUUUUCGUACAAUUUUGGAUUUUAUUUGGUUAAAAUAACUUGUAUUUCAUACAUUUUUAUAGACAUUUUACCAUUAAUUAUAAACCAUUGAAAUAUCUGUAAAUACAUCAAAUACGCUUUGUACUACAUCCACCAAGCUCACCAAAAUAAUUAUAAUUAUUUCUGUUACCCAUUGUUCAUUAAACAUAUUUUCAUAUUCAAAUUUAACACAUCCAUCACAGUUACAGGCAAGGGUUUCUAGACUUCAGCUGUAUAUAUAGCCCAGUAGUUAAUUACUUUCCACAUUUUUGAAAUUAAGUCAACAAUGCCAUAACUUCUGAUUCUUAAUUAUUGUUAUUAAAUUAAAUACGGUUGUACAGUAGUACUAGUAGUAUUUAAACUCUAAGGUAGGUGGAUGAAAGGAUUAACUAAUAACUAUAUAUUUUUAAUGUACUUACUUUUAUUUAACCACUUAUCCAAAAAAAGUCAUCAUGCAAUUACAAUGUGUUUUAUUUGGAAGUCUUUUAGUAAAAUAUUAAAAUUUAA